CAGCCAGGCCUCUUGUUUUGUUUGGGCUGAGCAGGUCUAAAAAAGAAGAAGUACACAAGCAGAUGACAGUUCUGUCUGUCUCUAUGAAUCCUGUGAACUGUGUCACAAACGUGUCCCCGCCCCGACACGCUGAGCGUAUAACUCCUCAAAAUAUUUCCUUCUCGUUCACACUCAGUGAGCAGCGGCCGUGUGUGUCUGUGUGACUGUGAAUGGCAGCAGUGGCUGAUUGUGGGUGUGAGAUUGUCAUAAACCCACUUUGUUGUUUCUUCUUUUGUUGGUGGUUUCAGUCUCUCUGUGCCAGGCGACAUGGUUGGCAGUGGAUCUCAGUUAGACUUUUCAGACCUAAAGAGUUCUUCACAUGGGAGACGUUCAUAUUUCUUUAUCAUUGGUCUAAUCCUUGCUUAUGACACUACGCUCUCGUCUCGCGUUCAAGCAUCUUCAGUGAGUUGCAAGUCAAUGAACAUUUCUCUCAAAUAUCAGCAGUGCGGGAUUCACCCAGAUGGAGUCCAUGAUUUAGAUUGUUUUGGUAAAAAGAGUUCACCUGGUAAAAAAACUUGUGUGUGGAAACCUGGAAACCACGGCAAGACGCACACACUCAUCAUACAACAACAUACCCCUACGACAAGAAAUAAAGUUUGCAAAGUUCACAUCAACAUCACUGACAUGUCUCAAGAGAUCAGAAUAUGGGACAAAUACAACAUGACCGUGCAGGUUUUUGAAAACAGCAAGUCAACAAAUUGCACCAAAGCAGUUUUCAGAGGUUCACCAAACAGUUUGUUCCGGUGUGGUCCUCCUUAUAAUGCGUCCUUUAGCCGCCAUGCUGGAAGACUAGUUGUGAAUGUGAGCUGGCAACAGGAGGACAGAAAGGUCGUUGAGUAUUACUCUGUGAGAUAUAAAGCACUGGACAACCUUUCGUGGAGCGAGUUACCCAUGCAAUGCCAAAUCGGAAAGGAAUACACAGUGGAGAAUCUGGACUCCUCACUGGUCUACAAUGUGCAGAUACAGUGUGUCACCAGUGAUAAAUGCACACAGUGUCCAUGGAGCGAAGUCUACACUGUCCCACCAGAGUUGACUACGCAGCCCGUCAUUGUCCGCCUUGAAGACACCGACAUUGCAGAGAGAAAAGGCACCCGGCUGCUUUCUAUAACCUGGAAGUUUCCUGCUAAACAGCUGCAUGAAGGCUUCUAUGUGACCAUUGGGAAAGCAUCUGGGGAGCCCCCACGUGAGCGCAUGAACACCAGUCAUCCUGAGAUCAGGCUGAUUCUCUCUCACUCAGCUUAUCAUCUCAACAUCAGCGCCUUCAACAGCGCCAGCACCUCCCCGGCACUGAGACAGAUAAUACCACAGCGUGACGACGAGCUCACUAUGGAAGCUGGGAAGGUGGACGUGACAGUUCACAGCAAUACAUCUAUUACUAUCUACUGGAAAGACGAUCUCAUCAAAAAAUACGUCUGCUAUUCUGCGGAGUGGAUGACGAAGGGACAUGAAGCGCAGUGCAAGUCCUUCUAUGAGAAUAAACACAACCACAGGACCUUAUCACCUUUACCAGAGCCUCUGGAGCCUUACAAGAGAUACAGCCUCACUCUGCACAGACGACCAAACAAGGACACCUGCAACAUGAAGCAUAUCAAUAACAGUGAGAGCACCUACGGGAGAACGCAGUUCUACUUCAUUGAAGGAUCUCCUGUCAGCGCUCCGACAAACAUCAGCUGCUACAACGCAACGCUGAAUUCACUGGUGCUGCAGUGGUCGUCCAUCCCAGAGGAAGACAUCAGAGGUUUCCUGCUGGGUUACGUCAUCUACUACUCCGAGUAUCACCACAGGGGGAUAGAGAGAAAUGUUACAGUGGAUCCACUGGAAAACAGCUAUGAACUGACGGGCCUGAGAAGUGACACCGCAUACGAAAUCCAAAUCGCAGGUUUCACCCGAGCGGGAGAGGGAGAACGAAGCCAAGCAAUCCUCUUUAAAACAAAGUAUCAUGGAUAUUCUAACAUGAAUAGUAUCAUCAUAGUCUCUGCAGUUGUGGCUUUUGUGCUGAUAUUUGGAACCCCGCUGAUAAAAAGAGGAAAGGCAAUUUUGUGGCCGAGCAUACCAAACCCAGGAAAGAGCAAUGCAAUGCAGAAAAUAGAAAGACCCUGUGAAGUGGAACUACUUAAGUCCAUCAACACUCUGAAGGCUGAAGAAUGGGAUACUAAUAGUCUUCAGAUAGUUGCGAAAGAAGACGUGAACCCCGCUAGUACAUUGCCAUCGAUGCUGCCACUUCUCCGUGCCUCAGUGGAUGAGGACGACUCAGCGCAAAUGACUUGCAACUGGAUCCAAAGAGACAACGAAGACUCAAGCGGAGAUAUCCUACCUGACAUUAAUGCAGAAACAAUCCUGGACAUCCAUCGGACAGACCAACAGACUUCUGCCUUUCCAAGUGGAUAUACGACAAUGGAAAUGUUUCAGCAGGGGGUGCCUCAGCCGGCGAAUACAUCAGUUACUGAAGAAAGCAAACCAGCGGGGACAGACUUUACCGUGAUGAAAGCAGGACAGGACUAUAUUAGGCAUAUCAUUGCCAGUCCGAUGUUGGACAUUGAGGGCACGAGCACGAUUUUGUGAAAACGGUUUGGAAGAGUCAAGAAAUCAGGACCGUCACAAUUACUAUCCAUGAAUGUUUGAAUCAUAUGAAUUCUCUGACAGUCCUCAGGAUGCAGGGGUUCACCAUGAGAGGCUGUCGGACUGUUUGCAUGUGUUCCAAGGCAACACCAUGAAUUUAUUUAGUCUUAAUCAAUAGCAAUACUACAGCUCUAGGUUUAUUUCAAACUGACAAAAAUACUACUUCUCUAACACAAGUACUUGAACUUAAUCUCUGCUUUAUCGCUUGAUAUAUAUUCUUAAACAUACAGUAUGUUAUUUUUAUCUGUAACUCUCAAUACCUCAUGAAAACAUGACAUGAAAAUGUAUUUACAGGCCGUGACUGGUCACGGAAGGACUGGUGGUGGCCCAAGAUGUUGAAGUCAGGGGAUGUGAUUCAUCCUCAGGGGGACAUGAAUCUGUAUACCAAACGUAAGCCUAUCACAGCAGAUGUAUUAAUUACCGACAUUAAUGAUGGCUCCAUUUUAUUUAAGUGUGUAAGUGAGCUAACAUGGACAAUCCGAGGAAACGUUGAAACCAAAGCAACUACCGUAUUUUCCGGACUAUAAGCCGCUACUUUUUUUCCCCACGCUUUGAAUGUGGCUUAUACAAAGAUGCGGCUUUUCUGUUGAUUCAGUUCAGGUAUAUAAACAAACAUUUACGGUACAA